UUUGUCAACAUUCAUGCCAGGAUCGAACCUGGCAAUGCGUUUAGAUUGUUUCUUAAGAUUGCUAAGUAACAACUGAUGUUGAAUAUGCCCUGGUAGAAAUGGAUGACCAAGACCAUGAGCUAUGGCUAGAUAGGAGUGUUGGAUAUAGUAUAGCUCAAUUCCAUGAGGACUUAGCUUCAAAGAUUAUAUGGGGACCAAGCCAGACAUUGUCAAUCUAGGUUUUGGAUAGUGAAUCUGGCUCUGAAUGGAAAAUUAGAAGGGAUGACCAAUGACAGCAAAUGAUAGUGGACAAAUGGGAUGAAAGGAUGGAACACAUUGCUGUGGAGGUUACUACCAAAGCUAGACAUGAGAACAGAGAGAGUUCAGUGGCAUCCAAGGUUAGCAACACUGCUAAUCCUGCUAGGUCUGGUGUUACCAUUGCUUGGACUGCUGAAACUAAUGCAGAAGGUAUUGGUGAUACAUGCUCCUCUCCAUCACAGGAUGCAGAUGAGCCAGUUCCAGUAGACUGGGCUACACUGACCAUCAUAGCAGAAGUAGCUGAGGAUGGUGAGGCUAAUGCAAUAGUUGAUGAGGAAGCAGUGUAUGAGGCAAUGGGUUUCAAAGCAGCUGAUGAGAGGGCUGAGGAAGCUACUAGAGAAGAAAUUCCCAUUCCAGCCAUGACUAGUAAGCUUCAAGGAGAGAUGGAUGAGGCUGCAAUUCUUGUUGAUGACAUAGAUGGUGCUGAGCCUCUUAAUGACUCAGAUAGAGAUAAUCCUAAUAUGUCAGUUGGCACACAUUAUCCUUGUAUGUAUGACUUUAGGUUGGCAGUGAAACAACAUGCUAUUGUGAAUGAAUUUGAGCUUGGGACUGAGAAGUCUGACAAAAACAGGUUCAGGGGAUUCUGCAAAGCAGUAGGACACCCAUGCUUUAUCAGUGAUCACAACCACAAGGCAGCCAAACAUGAGUUCAUUUGUGGACAAUUAUUACUCUGUGGAGAGAUUCCAAGCUGCUUAUGCAGGAAUUGUCCCAAAUAUUACAGAUAGAAAUUAGUGGCCUGAAGUUGCAUCUUCAUCCACCAGUUGCAAAAAAGAGAGGCCCUAGAAGACAGAAGAAGCUAAGAACCAAACCAAUAGCAGAAAGAAAGGGCAAGGCCACCAGACAAGCCUUAUGUAAAGGCUGUGGUGAAUAUGGUCAUAGGCAAGGUAGUUGGAGGUGCCAACUAACAGGAACUAAGAAAAGAAAACGAACUAACAAGAAAAGUGUGAAGGCUAGAAGGAAGAAGGCAAAGAAAGGGGAAGUAGCAGCUCCUGAACAAACCACUCCAAGGACAAGAGCAGUAGUAGCUAGGGAGGUAGCAAUAAAGGCAAGGCUAGAAGCAGAGCAAGCUGAAGCCAAAGCAAGAGCAGCUCUAGAAGCUACUGAAACACCAUCAAGGGCAACCAAUAGAGAGCUGCCACCUGAACCUGUUCCUCUCUAGAUUGAGCUGCCACGUGAACCACUUCCAAGAACUCCAACUGGUCCUAAAAC